UAAUGAAUCUGAUAAUGAAUACGAUGACAGCAAAGUUUUGAAGGGCAAACCUUCAUAUAGUGAAGCCAAAUAUCCUGUUGUUAAUGUUUUCAAUUUUGGACCAAGAACAUUAAGAUUUGUAAGUGCACAGAUGGUAGCAGGCAUCGCAGUAUCUAUUCCUGAUCCGGGUGCCGUUAUUACUUCAGGAACUAGUAAAGGAAAUAUGGCAAGGUUAGUAUUUAAGCAAAACGAUUGGAGUAUAAAUCCAAGAGGUCCAGAAGUCAAUAUAAUUUUUAAGGGAAAAAAAGGUAACUUUAAUCUCUAUGCUCAACAAAAUUAUGCCUUUCUUAUGGCUGGAGAUGUCAAUGCAAGAGCGUCAUAUUCUGGAUUUGGCAAUGGCAGAUUCACAAUUUUCAAAAUGAAGGUGGAUUUAAUCAUGGAAAUGGUUGUAUUAAAUUUGAAUUAUUUGAAGAGUUGUAAAUCCAUAGCAAUUAUUCAAAUUAAUAUUUUUAGGCUUUUUAGUUAA